ACCCACGAUGUCACCAUCGACAUGGGUGUGGCCCGGAGAGCCUGCCAAAGCUGGCGAGAGUUUCUCCAGUCUGGCCAGAGGGAGGAUCCCAAAUCGGCCUUGGUCCAGCUGCGUGAGACUGUCACAUGCCUGGAGCAAGACUUCGUGCUGGACAUCUGCACCCGACCUGCCGCCAGCAAGGAGAAACCUUUCGCUUGCGUCGAAACGCACCCUGAACUGCCGAGCCACCGAGCCGUAAUGGUUACCCUCACCCCUGAUUUGAUGAUGGGGGCCCAGACCUCAGCCAACACGGAUGACGCGGGCAACACAGACAGCGGUGGCGAGAUCGUCUUCCUGGCCGAUCGAUCGGGGUCCAUGGAAGACAAAAUUGACGCUUUAAAGUCUGCCAUGGAGUUCUUCUUGAAAGGCACCCCAUCCACUGACGACGAUCGCCGGAUCUGGUCUUUCGGCGAUGAGCCAUGCCGUCUUUGGGAAACGUCGAGCCUAUACAACGGCGACAACCUGCAGGGGGCGCUUGACUAUGUAGGCUCAAGGUUUAGGGCGGACAUGGGCGGGACACGACUGCUGCCAGCCCUCAAGGCCAUCGUGGCCGCCAGAGACACCAACACGACCACCAACAUUGUGACUCUCACAGAUGGGGAGGUCUGGGACUUUGAGGAAACCCUCGACUUCGUGGAACAGACAAGGAGGCACAGUGAGAACCGGGUCCGCUUCUUUUGCCUCGGAAUUGGAGCUGCGGUGUCGCAUGCGCUCAUCGAAGGGAUUGCCAAGCUCGGCGGAGGCUACGCCGAGGUCAUCCCACUGCCGAGCGAAGGGGGCUGGGAAUCCCGAGUCGUUGCGGUGCUCAAAGCCGCCUUGACGAGUCACGUCGGCACUAUCGGUGUUGAAAUGACAACCGCUAACGGGUCAUCAGACGGACCCAACCAGGCUACUGGCAACAAUCUUCCCCCACAUCGACAGAUGAUGCGUUCUCCGGCGGAUGUCUCAACUAUUAGCCCGUUCGUCUGCAGCCGCGUUCUCAUGCUCUACGAGUCCUUGCCAGCAACUGUGGUUCUCAACAGUCUCCACGUGAAAGUCACAAGACCUGGUGGCGAAGAUCUCAUCGUGUCGGUCCCUAUCAGGGUCCUCGGCGUCCCAGAUUCCACCAUCCACAAACUCGCCGCUAGGGCCGUACUGGGUGAUGUGGAGCGCGGGGAGAGCGCCAUUCAUCUCGGCCCCAAUGCACUUCCACGCCACUCCAAACAGGAACGGGUCAUGGCCAAAGCGGAGGGCAAGCGGAUCGGCUGCAAAUACUCCCUCGUGUCCAAGUGGACCAGUUUUUUCGCUGUUGAAGAG